UGGUUAUUUAUUUCUUUUGUUUCUGCUGAGAAACAAGGGCAGGAGGCUUUUUUUUUAAUGGAUAAGGCAGACGGAUAAGAGAGAGAGAGAAAAAAUAAAAUAAAGCAGAAUGGUAACAGAUGAUAAAUUGCUGACUGAAGGGGGGGCAGUUAUUUUGUAUAUUUUUCUCUUGCUUCAUUAUUAAAAACAAUCCCAGCUUUCUCCCUGUUCAUAAACAUUAUCAAUAGAUAAUGCUGGGGAAAAAAUGAGACGAGGAACACGCUUUCAAGUGGAGCAUGAAUACACUGACUUGGAAUGUUAUUUUAGGUAUAUUUAAUGAAUGUCUUAGCUUACAUAAACCUCUUCAAGAAACAGUAUUAAACACUGAUUUUCAAAUCCCCUUAUCUAGUGAAUAUGUGUUUUCUAGGGCAUAGCCCUGAAAAGGUGCAUGAAUAUCUAUUGAUUAUAACAAUGUCUCAUUGAAUGAAUGUAACCUGUAGGAUGUAGAAUGGGAAGUACAGGUAAGGUAAAUUAAAUACAAUUCUGUAUUAGGAAGCCUAACUCAUAGAUGUAUCUGCUAGGAUACAUUCUAUUAUAAAGUGUUUCUAUAAUAGAAUUACUGAAAUGGACAUGUAACACAAAUCAUUGCCUGCAAGAACUUAUAGACAAUGCCAUCUGUUUAUAAAACCUUCUAUAAAUGAGGAAAUAAAAUUUGUGAAAAUUCUUGUGGUAAAAGACUGAUUGCAUUGGUUAUUUAUUAAGUGUUGAUACUGACCAGCCUUUUAAUAUUCUUGAAUUAUUUGUAUCAAAAGUUCAUUUGCUUGUCAGUAUCUUUUGAAGCAUAUUUUAUGGGAAACAAAUAUUAGACAACUUUGUUUAUCCUUGGUGAACAUGUGUGUGUGUGUCUCCACAAGAAUUACAUGAUAUUGGAACUCUGGUUCCCAAUGUACUUUUUUCUUUUUGCUAAAGUAGCUGAGGGGAGCAAGAAUAAAAUCCAUGGAAGAAUGGGAUCUACUACUUCUUGUCCCACUCAACCAUGUCUCUGAUCAAGGUUGCCAUCACCCAAUGAUGCUGUUAUCCAGAACAAGAAAUAAAUGGUGUUUUAAAAAUGAAAGUUGAUUAAAUAAUCUCUGGUAGUGGUGGCUACUGUUAUUGGAAUAUUAUGUGUUUCUCUAGAUACGUCUACAGAAAUGACACAUUACAGAGAAUUAGAGGAUGGUAUCCGUCAGUUUUCCUCUCCAGAUCAUUUAAUAGCAAUAAUGGAAACCUGAUCUGCAAAGCCAUUAAACCAUAUAUUAUAGUUUCUGUGGAUUACAAUCCAUGCCAUUUCUAAUUUUUUUCCCACUAUGCUCCAGAUAAAUAUACACUGAAUGUUGCAAUGUAUUGUGGGAAAGUUACUGGUUUUAAGUUUGUUUUCAAAUUAAACAACUAUACUGCUCCUAGGAAAAAGUGGCCAAGGAAGUAGGAAGAUCAGGGUAGGAAGUUCACUUCAUAGCUGUGUUCACACAAUACACUUAUUGUUUUUUGGGGGUUAAUUCACCUAGAAUUCAGUAACCACAGCAAAGCUAACCAAGGUUAACAUUAACCAUGUUAAUGAAGUGCUUGAUCUUGUUAAGCAUAUUAUGGCAACCCAAGUGUCAGUACAACUUGGAUAAUGAUGUGACAUAGGACCCAGUGGGGUGUUUGAGUCCUAGCAUAAAAUCAGAGAAUGUAUGAGUUGGGAGCUAUAGACCUCUUAGUACAACCCACUGCUCAGUACAGACCCAGUUUGAAAAUCUCUCCAUCAAGGUAGACUGUUCCGUGGCUUAACUGUCAAAUGUUCUGAAAAUUCCUCCCAACACCCAGUGUUAAUAUUCUUUAAUUUCAACCCAUUACAUUUUGUUCUGCUGUCAGUUUCAACAGAAAACAGCUCAUCCUCUUGCACCUGACAGCCUUUUAGAUGCCUAUAGACUAUUACUGUAUUGCCCCUUAGUCUUCACCUUUACAAGCAGUUCUUCAAGGAGGAGGAUCUCUGUCCUAGGCCUGCUGAUCAAUCCUUUCCCACUUUGGAUGGCCAGGUUCACAAAUGAUGCUCUAAAUUGUGGCCUUUUCAACCAGGAAUAAAAAACCAUAAUGGCUGGUUUCACACCCCACACCAAAUAGUGUAAACAAAGCAUAUUAUAGUUUAGCAUGAUGUGUAACUCCGGUAUUCAUCAUACGAGGCGCUGGCAUUGUGGUUUGCAAACCACGCUUUAUGACGCAAACCUUGCUAAUUGGGUCUGUUCGGUAAAGUAUUAUUAAGCAAGCCUGUAUGUGAUGCGCGCUCGGCAGGUGGUAAGGCCUGUUUCCCCGACGCUGAGCCUCUUUGAAUUUAGCAGGAUUCGCCCCGCAAGGUACGGAUAAAAGCGCGCCUCGAGGCUCCCCUCCCGAUGCGCUUAUAUUCGCUCCUCUCGUAUCCCUCGCGGCCCUUCCCCCUCCUCGCGCUGGCUGCUGGGCGGGGCUAUGCGCGGGGAGGGGACAAUGUUCAGGAUCUGAAAGCGGGGCGGUGGGUGUGUCUCGCCUCGGGGGCGCCCCGGAACCACUUCCCUGCUCCGUAGCCCCAGCCUUGGGGUGCCUUGCGAGGGGCGUAGGGGGCGGCCGGCCAGCCGUGCGCCUCUCCAGCCGCGCGUGCGUUUUCCAUGGCCAGCUGCAGCUCCAAGGCCGCUGCGUCCCUUUUCAAGCGCACCUUGGCCUUUUCUCCGCCCCGUGCGGGUGGCGGCGGGUCGGGUUCCUGCUUGACUGGCGGUGGCCGGCUGCGGACCUGCGGCGGCACCUCCCGCCUCCCGCAGUGGUCGCGGCCUCGCUUUCUGACCGCUCAGGCUGCCCCUCCGCCUGUGCUCCUUUUGCAGGACUCGCUCAGCGACAGCCUCCGGGUAUGUUACAAGUACUUGAACCAAACCAGCCGGAGCUUCGCCGCCGUUAUCCAAGCCCUGGACGGGGAGUUGCGCCAUGCAGUGUGCAUCUUCUACUUGGUUCUCCGUGCUUUAGAUACUGUUGAGGAUGACAUGACAAUCAGCCUUGAAGCGAAGAUCCCCAUGUUACACAAUUUUCACUCCUAUUUGUACCAGCCAGACUGGAAAUUUAUGGACAGCAAAGAGAAGGACAGACAGGUGCUGGAAGACUUUCCAACGAUUUCCUUGGAGUUCCGGAACCUGGCAAAAGUCUAUCAGGAUGUGAUUUCCGACAUUUGUCACAAGAUGGGUUUUGGUAUGGCUGAAUUUUUGGAAAAGAAGGUGAAUUCUAACAAGGAGUGGGACAAGUAUUGCCACUACGUUGCUGGCCUGGUGGGAAUUGGCCUCUCCAGGCUCUUCUCUGCCUCAGAAUUGGAAGAUCCUCUUGUCGGCCAAGACGUAGAACUGGCCAACUCCAUGGGUCUCUUUCUGCAGAAAACCAACAUCAUUAGGGACUAUCUGGAGGACCAACUUGAGGGCAGAGAAUUCUGGCCCAGAGAGGUUUGGAGCAAGUAUGUGAAGAAACUAUCAGAUCUGGCUAAGCCAGAGAACAUUGACAAAGCCGUCCAGUGUAUGAAUGAGCUCAUUACCAAUGCUCUACAUCAUGUUCCUGAUGUCUUGACAUAUUUGUCCCGCUUGAAGAAUCAAAGCGUGUUCAAUUUCUGUGCUAUUCCACAGGUGAUGGCUAUAGCUACCUUGGCAGCCUGCUACAACAACCAGCAGAUCUUCAAAGGGGUGGUGAAGAUUCGAAAGGGACAAGCAGUCACAUUGAUGAUGGAUGCUACUAACAUACAGGCUGUCAAAGCCAUCAUGUACCAGUAUGUGGAAGAGAUCUACCAGAAGAUCCCAAGCACAGACCCUUCCUCCACCAAAACUCAACAGAUUGUCACCACUGUCCAAUCCAUGAGCUUACCCAGUGGUACCCUGGUCUCCCGGACCCAUUAUUCACCCAUCUAUUUUUCUUGCAUUAUGAUUUUAGCUGCCUUGAGCUGGCAGUAUCUGAACACUGUCUCAAAAGCAGCAGAGGAAUAUGUGCACACUGGUGAGAACUGAGAGUGGAGCUCUUUUGUGCUGUGGUUGGAAGGGGAAUAUUUUGAAAUGGGAGAACUUUUUGGAGUCCCAGGAAUGUAAGGAGCAGGACUGUGAAUGUUUCAUUGCAAGCUGGUUGAACUGGAAGCCUUCACUUAAAAGCAUCUGCUGCUGGUUUUGAAGCCUCUAACAGUUUCCCAUGGAGACUUCUGCUUUUUUUUUCCAGCUAAACUAGCUAUGGUCAAUUUUGGUUGAGUCUUACUUAAUAUUUUCUUUUCUGCAGUUUGAUCUGCAUUUGUUUUUGAUGUGUUUUUUUAACUCUGAUGUUUCAAAGUAUUUGUGAAUUUUGACAGUAAAAAUGUGGUGAUAAAACCACUUUUCUAUUUCCUGCUGUAAUUCAAGCACGGCGUCUUCUGAUCAAAGCUCAUACUAUGUCUUAAGUUGCACUAAUUUAGGAAUUAGUCCUUGCGUUAACUUUGAAGAUAGAGAUUUGUCUUAUUGCAUGGUUAUUUUUCCUUUUCCACAAACUUUAUUGUGGCUAUUGGAAAGGUUUCUAUAUUGUAAUAUGCAAGGAAUUUUGAGGACAGAUAAGGAGGGAAGUUGUAUAAGCCUGUGAGAGAAGGAAAAAGUAUGGCUCUGUCCACAGUAAAGCUGCCCACACCUGAAGUAGGGAUCAGUGCUGAGUAUCAGAAUACUUUUAACAUCUUCUGUAGCCUUGGAGAAGUCCUAGUCUAAGAUGGCAUGCAGAGUAGGGCGGUGAGAAGAUUGGAAGUACAGGCCAGGCAUCCUCCCAAUACAUUCAGGUAGCAGCUUCCUUUUGUAAGCUCAUCCCAGGUAUCUGCCCGAGUGCAUGGCCUGCACAGCUGUUCCCAGCAGAGCUGCUGCUGCUGCCGCCUCCACGCAAGCACUAAAGCACCGUCCCAAAGCAGCUCAGGGAGGGCACCUUACAAAGUAUCUGUUCAAAUGCUUUAGAGAAUGAGAUUCACUACAUACACAAGGUUAAAUCUCAAAAAUGAAAAAAUCAAUUCAGAAAAGCAUAGGCCAAUGAAUUAAAAUUACAUAAUUGUAGGAAUAAGCUCCUGCUGUUAUUGGCUAUCAUAUAUUCCAGUAACCAAUAAAGACUCCACACACUACUCCAUCAUGACUUGGUAGGAUUUGCUCAUUUGGAGGCGUUGGCAGUGAGGAAUAGCUAGUGUGGAGCUUUUACAAGUGCUGAUAAAAGACUCCAAGUUGAGCUCUACUCCUGGUGUCACUGGGAAUAUGUCCAUUUGCUUUCCUGGCAACAAAAUCAAUUUGGUUUACUAUUGCCUUCUCCUAGGAUGGUUGACUCCUAAUCCAAAGCCCCAGUACUUCCAAGUGGUCUCCUCCAAGUGCCAAUCAAGACCAAUCUUACUUAGCGUUUUCAAGAUCAACCAGAUGUUGCCACCUGCUGUGGCAUUAGCACAAAGUACUUUGCUUUCUCUGCAACCUGAGGCCCCCCAUUCUGUAAAGGGGGCUCACAGUCUAUGUAUAUACACUGGACGUCUUAAUGUACAUUUCAGUUUCUGUAUUUUUGUACCCUUUGAAGUACAGCAGUGAAUCGCAGAAGUGCCUUUUUAAGCAGUAGACCAUGAAAAGCAAAUUCUCGUUCUGCCCUAAACUGAAGCAAUACAUCCUUGUAAACAAUCUUUGAGUCACGAGCCAUAGAGAUUUUUGGAGAGAGCCAAGGACUACCAUGUAAUUUCCACAAGGUUUAGUUUUUUAAAAAAGUGCUUUGUAGUAGUUUAAGGUAUGUAAGCUUAACCAAAAACAUAAUGCAAAUUAUUGCCAGUCAAAAAAUCAGAAUUGGAGAGAAACUAGAGGUUGAGAAAGAAAGAUCUGCAGGCUGUAUGGAACUCAAGAUUUUCUACCUUGUGAUAUGUGCAUAAAGCCAUACAUUGUUUCAAAUAGUCAUGUCGUACAGGAGUUUAGUCUGGAUACUGUAGCCCAGGAUCCAAACCAAAAAGCUAUAAUCAAGGCCAUUAUGCUUGAUCUCAGCAACCCACACUAUCCUCAUGAGUUCAUACAGAAGCCUGCAAAGAAUACAGAACCUCAAGAAUCAAUAAUUGGAUAGGCAUGUGAAACCACCACCUGCUAAAGUCUGGUCAGUUAGCUAUGGCACAAGAUGCACUGCGGCUAUUUUCCAACCUGGAAUGGGCAGUAGGGGUGAAGAUACCCUGUACAAUAUACAGGAUUAAGUGAACAAGUUGCCCCCAAAAAACAAAUACAAUCCUUUCUGUCCAGCAGGGGGAAGAAUGAGAGCACACAUUCUAGAAAAGUGAGGAGAGACAUUUUACUGGAGAUAGGAAUUGGAACCACACUAAUGAAUUUUUGGUCACAAGAUUGGUCCUAAGUGUACAAGAUAUUCUGCAUUUAACAAAAACCAUGUAUUUGAAGCCAGAAGCCAGUCAAUUAGAGCCUAUGGAUCAGAUUCAAUUUUAGGUUAGGUUCAAACAAUAAGCCAUGGUUUUUAAAUAAUUUGCUGAAACAGACUGUCGCUCACCUAGGCAAAACAAAGCAUUUUAUGGCUUCUCAUAAUAGCAAAUCCAGUUCAA